AACUUCCUUAGAACAACACAAAUAUAUCAUGCAAUAAGACCAAAGAAGAUUGUCACAAUCGACACAACAUCCUCUUUAGAGGAUAUAUUACAAUUGUUUGAUGAGAAUGGAAUUGUCGCCUCUCCAGUAUACGACCCAAACACCAGUAAAGUGAUAGCUGUACUGGAUAUGAUGGACAUAGUGGACUUUAUUAUAAACUUUGUAGGUUUACAAAUAUCAGAUGUACAACAAUUGUUAAAGUCAAACCCAAGGAAAUUCUUUGAGAUACUGGAAUGUUGUGGAGGAUUGUUCUCCGACAGUCCAGCAAUCAAUAUUAUAGCCAAUAGAAAGAAUAACCUGUUAACAAUAAGGGAGAAUGAUUCUUGUCUGUCUGCUAUAGAAUCAAUGACUGAAAAGAUCACUCGUUUAUUCAUUGUUGAUCAUAAUACUACAAUAGUAAACUUGGUAAGCGAAACAGAUAUUUUGGCGAUUAUAGCACAGAAUAUUCAUAUUUUAGAGUAUGUAUAUAAA